GAAUCACUUUCAGCAUAAUCAGGACUCUGAUUAUGAGAUAAGACCAGUUAUGUCUAAUGCAUUCAGUUUGAUGACCUUGAGUUGUUUUGUUUGGUAAUUUUCUCUGGUACGUUUUCGAUUCAAAGGCAUAAAAUGUUUAGCUUGACCGUGGGCGCGAUCGAUGCAAUAAAUAACGGCAAAAAUGUAGAGGAGCCGGUUCUCAAACUGUUGGUAGCUUAUAAUUAUUAUCAUAACUUGUCAGGGGUUCAAAAGUGUGCCAGGUGGUGGCGGUGGCCAAAAUCGUUAUCGGUUACUGCUCACUGAUGGCGUAAAAACUCAUUCAUUCGCCAUGCUCGCUACACAGUUAAACCAUUUGAUUGAGGAAAACAAACUGGUCAACAAUACUGUAAUCCGCGUUAGGAAACAUGUUUGUAAUAACAUCCAAAAUAAUAAAGUUGUCCUUAUUGUUUUGGAUCUUGAUAUUCUUGGAACGGAUGAUUCGUCGGGUGGUGUGAAGUCCGAACAACCACCAACCGUGGCCAAACCAGCCACAACUACGUCUCAUUCAUGUGAACCUGAACAGAAAACUCCACCCAAAUCUUCUACUGGUCCUUUCUCUGGUGGUCAGCCAAGUACUCCUGGAACACCAGGUUGUGGGCUCCCACGUGUAUUUCCCAUACAAAGCCUCAAUCCGUAUCAGAAUAGAUGGACUAUACGUGCUCGUGUAUCACAGAAGUCUGCUAUCCGAACUUGGAGCAAACAAGGUCGUGAUGGAAAGUUAUUCAACUUUACGCUAGUUGAUGAAAGCGGUGAAAUCCGUGUAACUGGAUUCAACGCUGAAGUGGAUAAAUUUUAUGAUAUGAUUGAGGUUAAUAAAGUGUACUAUGUCAGUCGAGCGAACUUGAAAGCCGCUAACAAACAAUUCAAUACAACUAAUAAUGAUUACGAAAUGACACUUCAUAGCGAUAGUCAAGUUUUGCCUUGUGAAGAUUCUGAUACUAGUUCUUUGCCAGAAACUCACUUCAAUUUUAUUUCAAUAGGAAAGUUAGAUACACAGUCUCCUGGAUCUUUUGUCGAUAUUGUUGGAGUUGUUCAUGAAUGCGGUGAAGUACAAUCAAUUACUGCUAAAGCAUCUCAACGUGAACUACGUAAACGUGAAUUAGGAUUAGUGGAUAGUUCUAACUGUUUAGUACGUCUUACACUAUGGGGUGAAGAAGCAGAAAAUUUCGAUGGUGCGAGUCAUCCUGUCAUAGUUAUAAAAGCAGCAAAAAUAUCUGAUUUUAAUGGUCGCUCUUUAUCUGUAAGCCCAACAUCAUCCCUUCUCAUUAGUCCUACAAAUAUUCCUGAAGCUAUACGACUAAAAGGUUGGUAUGAACAUGAAGGUCGCUUCUCUAACUUUGAAACCUUCCGUAGUGAAAUGGUUGGAUCUUCAGGAGGAGCAGAUGGUGUAUCUAGUUCAUCUGGUGUUCUUGGCGGUUGGAAUCUUUUACAAGAUGUUAAAGCAUCUGGUGUAGGAGCUAAUGUAAAAGCAGAUUAUUUCACUUGUAAAGCCACUGUUGUAUUCAUGAAAAAGGAGAAUUUCAUGUAUCAAGCUUGUUCUACUGAAGGGUGCAAUAAAAAGGUUAUUGAUUUGGGAAAUGGGUUAUAUCGAUGUGAAAAAUGUGCUCGGGAAACACCUGAUUGUAAAUGGCGCUUGCUUCUUAUGGCCAAAAUCGCUGACAUCACUGGAGAUUUAUGGGUUACAUGUUUCCAAGAUGCUGCUGAAGUUUUACUGGGACAGACAGCUGAAAAGUUAGGCACUAUAAAAUCAACACAAGUAAAUAUUUCUUCCUCUUGUCUUAUCAACUAUUCUAUAUUGUUUGGUGUUCGGUUUAUUAAAGUAACUUUCUUAUGUACAAUUGAUUGUUCAUUGAGUAGUCAUGUUUAUCUAGUCCUUUAGUGCUUAUCCCAGGAAAAGAGAUAGCAGCGGUAUCAAUAGGGAUGGAAAGGAUUAGGUUAUAGAGAGAAGAAAAAAAGUCUAAGAAAAUUUGGAGAUUUUCGAUCUAAAAGAAGACACAGUGAAUGCAUCUGCACAAUGGUGGAUUAUUCUGAGCCAUAUUGUUCAACGCCUCCAACCACUGCUUACGAUAACCGCGCGGACCCCAACCGAGUGGUCUGCGUAAGGCUUAGUCCAAUUAUCACUAAAUUCAUCACUGAUACUACGUUUUUGUUUAGCCAUCUUUGCUUUCAGCUUAUACCAGACAACAUUGCCCUUCCAGAUAGACAGACAGUAGUGGUUAGGCAUAUACGAUACAUGUCCCAACCUCCUGAGUUGAUGAAUAUUCACUAAAUCAUAAACUGAUUUGUUACAUUUAUCUAGACCACUAUACCCAACAAAUAUCUCUGAAGAGUUCCUUCAGAAAUAUUUCCGAUUCAAACUUAACCAUAGUUGUUCUCUCGUUAUUUCUUCCCUUUAGGAUGAAACGCAGUUGGAAAAAGUUUUCAUCGAGUCAGCAUUCAACUCAUGGAUAUUUCGUUUACGAGCUAAAGUUGAUCGUUAUAAUGUAAGAAGGCGUUGAUAUGUCCUAUUUCUCUUCUUUAAUAUAUUAAUUUAAGUGUAUUUAUUUCCCAUUCUAUGUUUGUCGAUUCCCAUGGAUUACCGGUUUGUGCUUUUCUUAAUUAUCAUUGUAUCGGUACAUGGAUAAGCAGGACGAAAAAAUAUUUAUAAGGAUCUCUCUACACACACACACACCUUAUAGUAUUAUUUUUAGUUUGACUUGUAUUAUCAUGUUCUCUGAGUUGUAUUGAUUUGGUUCUGCUGGAUCGAAAUCUAAUGAUCCACAUUUCAAAAUUAAAUAACUUCCUACUACAAUAUGGUCCUUAUCUAAUUUCAAGAUUACAUAUACGUCUUGUUGCCAUCUUAAACUACUCAGCAUCAUUAGUAAAUUGAUACCAUAUUCUCGAAUUGAUUGGUUCCCUAAAUUAUCGUUUCUUAAAAAUAUAACUAUAGUUAGCUUAAUUUGAAGUUAGUCACGUUAUUAUUAUGUAUGGACGAAUGUACGCUCAAGUGUAAACACUUUGAAUAUCUUAGUAAAAACUCCAUAUUAUCAUGUGUAGUUUACUUGACGAAAGAUACUGUUAUUGAUUCUGUUAGUAAGUUCCCAUAUCUUUCCGAAUACUUUCUAACGUUUAUUUCAUUUCAUUUAUUAUUAUUAUUAGCUUUAUUCAGUAUUAUAUUUUUGGUACAAUAUAGAAUUCUCAGCACAAAGUACUUCAACAAGUUUCCGUUUCUUACUUCUUCGUCCUUCCUGGCGAUAAAUAUUAAGUGAUCGCCAGUUAGAAGUUAGCAGCCCAGUCAAUCGACAUCUGAAUAAUUUACAUUCUUCUCGCUGCAUAUUGUCAGCAACCACGAUAUCUUUGAUUAGGCCUUCUGUAACCUUUACAGCGAAAAGUUUUACACUUUUCAGAAACGCACCUGAAUAAGUUGUGCGAUUAAUAGCCACAUAUAUCAACAUAUAUUACCAGUUAUUUUAUGGUACAUUUUCAAGUCUACUUCCCUUAAAUUAAAUUGUGUUAAAUUUCUUUUUGUAUACAUACAGGAUGAAGAACGUUUACGUGUUGUUGUUGCAGAUGUUAAACCGGUAGAUUUGGUUGAUUAUUCUAGGCGUUUAUUGAAAGCCAUAAACGAUCUAUCAGCAACUUUAUCUAUUUAGUAAAAAAAACGAUAAGCAAUAACUGCCGGUGAUGAUGAUGAUAAUUUUCUCUGCUUCCAUUCAUCAACACAUAAAUAAAGAAGGCAUUUUUCUUCUCUUUUUGGAUUUUAAAAUAAAAUUACAUUUUAUUUUCAGAGUAAUUAAACUCCAUUAUCACUUGUAUAGUUUGAGCAUUUACAUAUUGUAUACAUGAAGAGAUUAUCUUAGAUUGAAUUGGUUUUAUGUAUUGUUUCAUAUGUCAUUAUAGCUCAGAUAAACAGUGAAAUAUAAAUAUAUGUGUGUAUCUACCUCGAUAAGUAAUUGUUUUUUUCAUUGUGAGUUUUCUGGCUAUGAUAUCUAGUUAGAAUGUAAACCUGAAACGAUUGAAUAAUUGAAGAUUAUAUAUAUUAUAUGUAUUGCUAACUAAAUUCCAACCAGUUGUUGGCUUUUUUAUUUAAACACAAACAUUGGUACAGAUAGGAGAUUGAUUAUGAAUACAGUG